AUGUCCAUCUAUUUAAAGUCUAUUUCGAGAGCAUUCUAUGCAGGUGUCCCCGCAAGUUCUUCAGUUACAAAUCUGAAUGCAUGUAGCCGCAAGGGCACCUUCCAUUCGGAACAAUCUCUUUCGUACGGUACUAAGCUUGUCGGCGGUGUUUCACCAUCAAAAGCUGGAACUAUUCAUCUUGGACUUCCUGUGUAUGGCACCGUUUUGGAGGCUAAAAAAUACCUAAAUCCAGACGCCACAGUAAUAUAUGUGCCUCCCUCCGGUGCUAUGUCCGCCAUUGUUGAGGCCAUUGAGGCAGAAAUACCUUUAAUUGUUGCAAUCACUGAAGGAAUUCCCCAGCAAGACAUGGUUAGGAUCUGGAAAAUCUUGCGAGAACAAGGGGCCUCAAGGCUUCUUGGUCCGAAUUGUCCGGGAGUCAUUAAGCCAGGAGAGUGCAAAAUCGGCAUUAUGCCAGGGUUUAUUCAUAAAAAAGGCUCUGUAGGUAAGUGUGAAUCCUUUCAAUCAAAAUUAGGCAUUGUUUCCAGAUCCGGCACCUUAACCUAUGAAGCUGUCGCCCAAACAACUCAGGUUGGCCUGGGACAAUCUUUAUGCAUUGGAAUUGGCGGAGACCCUUUCAAUGGAACGUCCUUUGUUGAUUGUUUAAAGCUAUUUCUGGAUGACCCAGAAACUAAAGCCGAGGAAGAAGCAGCUGAAUAUUUAAAAAAGUUCAACUUUUCUCGACCAAAUGCAAAACCUAUCGUAUCUUUUAUUGCGGGACAAACAGCGCCCCCAGGUAGACGCAUGGGUAUCAGAUGGUUGCUUUUUUUAGGGCAUGCCGGGGCCAUAAUCUCUGGCGGGAAAGGUGGUGCUGUAGAAAAAAUUGCCGCUUUGGAAUCGGUGGGUGUUAUUGUUGCCAAAUCUCCUGCAAUCAUUGGGGAGUUGAUGGCAAGGGAGAUGGGCAAAAAUUCGUCAAAAAUUUAA